CCACGCCUUGCCUAGCCCCCCGGGCCCGACCUCCGAGCCCCGCAUCUCCGCAGAGCCCGGCCAUGUCGCCCCUGUUCGCCUGCCGACUCCUCGCCCCGCUGCUCACACGCGCGGCACGGCGCGGGCAGUUCGCUCAGCAGUGCCCCAGGACGCUGGUGAUCGUGGAGCGCUGGUGGCCGGUGCCGCUGGCGAAGCUCGGCAAGCCCCCGCGCCUCACGUCGCGCCACCGCGUCUACCGCUUCGUGGAGGAUACCAAGACGCGGCCCAAGGACCUCCUGGAGCUCAUCCUGACGCGCCGGGUCCCCGGCUACGGGCACCGCGGGGACGUGGUGCGCGUGUCGAAGCCGUUUGGGCGGAACAAGCUGCUCGCGACCGGCCAGGCGGUGUAUGCCUCGCCCGAGAACCUGCGCCUCUUCCAGGAGGAGAAGCUUAACCCGGCCACAGCCAAAGAGGACACGACGCAGACCUGGACAGCGCUGCAGACCAUGGAGCAUCUGAAGAGCUCUCGCUUUGAGGUGCAGAUAAAAGCGGACGCCGAGUGGCAGCUGACGGAGGAGAUCGUGCAACGACGGUUCGAGAGAAACCUGGGAGUCUUCGUGGCGUCCCACGCCCUCAAGCUGCCGGACGAGCCAAUCACGCGCUUCGGGGAGUACUGGUGCGAGGUCACGUUCAACGGCCUCGACACGGUGCGCGUCCCCAUGCACGUGGUGCCGUUUGUGCCGGCAUCCGAGCAAGGCCAGCGGGAUUAGCGUCGAGAGCAGCAGCAGCAGCACCACCAAGAGCAGCAGCAGCAGCAGCAGCAUCGAUGCCAACAGCAGCAUCAGGAGCAUUGUUAUCAACAGUAGCAGAAGCCGCAUCAACAGCGGUAGCAUCAGCAGCAUCAUCAUGAUCAACAGCAGCAGCAGCAGCAUCAACAGCAUCAGUAACCAACAGCAGAAGCAGAAGCGGAAACACAAACACCAGAAGCAGCAGCAGCAGCAGCUCGUACAGCAGCGAGAUCACCCAACGACGUCAACAUCAGCAGCAGCAUCAGCGAGUUGGAGGAGAUUCCUCCCCCCAGGAUCUCUCUCUUCAACUCGUCCGUCCAACUUUGACCGCUGCCUCCCGGAGAGCCGAGCAGACUUCCCGAGAAUCCCGAUUCAAUCUCUGAACCUGGUGCGUGCGUGCGUGCGAGCGAGCGAGCGUGGUCGAUCAGCGGGGGGCGUCGGGCAUCUCUCUCCCAGUGCUCGUGUAAGAGUGACGACGAGAUUUGUAGAUAAUAAUAAGAACAAUAAAACAAAUACCACACAUCGCCAACAAAUGUGA